GGAAAUACCAGUAAGUCUUUCACGUUAAAAACAUGGCUGAUCAAAAAAGGUCGGAAGACGUCCUUGGUGAAAAGUGGGAUCGAUGCAUUGCAGAUACGGCAAUUAAAACAGCUAGUGGAUUGGGUGUUGGUAUAGUGCUGUCAUUCAUUCUUUUCAAAAGAAAAACAUGGCCUGUAGCACUUGGUACAGGAUUUGGACUGGGUAUGGGAUAUUCAAAUUGUCAGAAUGAUUUUCAGCAGCCAUAUUUAUUACAUGGGAAAAGAGUUAAGGCACCAUUAAAUGGAUCACAGAGUUGAAAGAAGAUUUUGUAUUUAGAUGUUAUGAAAAAGAACAUUGUUGACUUUGUAAAUGUAAAUGUACAACAGUCAUGUCAUGAAUUAUUGUGACAUGUUUAUGAAGCAACAUUUUAUAUACGUAUAUAUACAUGUUUUGAUGUCAUAAAAAAUAUGAAUGUAAAUUAA